GAUGGGAUAGCGUUGAAGGGAGCUCAGCGCCUCAUCUCGCUGUUCCUCCUGGAUCACUCCUUUCACAACGAACCGUUGAAGGAUCACCCCUUCGCUCCCCUGCUGCUGCAUGUGGCAUCAGAGGCAUCCCUGCCGGCCAUAGAGCGCUGCUUCGCCCUCAACCUGCUCUCACACUCACUUGCGGAUGUGCCCAGUAAGUCAGCUCGGGACUAUAUGCAGCACUUCAAACCGCCCAACCAGCUCCCUUCGCGUGAAGCCAUCUACAAGGCACACCCCGACAUCAAACCCUCGUUUUCCUCUUCACGCUCCGCCACAUCCUCUGCUUUCAAAGCUUCUCCCUCCUUUACUUCAUCAUCAUCAUCUGCCCUAUUUCCUUCCACUGGGCUCAGUGGUUGCAAUGCAUUCAAAGCAGCAGCAGUACCACGUGUGCUUAAGUGCUCCAAACGCACUGUGACUGAGUGUGUGCAAGCACAGACAGCACAGCAAGCAGGAGCGCCAGCAGCAUUGGCAUCUCAGGGGUCAAAACAGCUUGAGGAGAAUAGAAGUGGCAAGACUCCUGGGCAUGGGACAGCAGUAUCACCAGCAUUGGCAGCAUCGGCAGUAUCUGUAGCGUCGUGCAUUCAGCUGCUACAGCUGGGAGGAAUGGGAGGGUUCGAGCCUCCUUGGAUUCGACCUCUGCCGCCCCUGCUGCCCCCGCAACCAGGCGAG